AUGUGUUUUCACUAUUUUCACAUCUUAGGAUGUUUUUCUCUUGAUUCCGUUAUUAUUAUUAUUAUUAUUAUUAUUUUUUAUUAUUAAACCUUGAAGAGAUACCAAGAAUAGAAGGAAAUGUAUUCUAUAUUGAGGGUUGGAGUAUCCAUCCAUCCAUCCAUCCGUGGGCUUCCUUAAACUUUGGGACAAGUGAAAACCGUCGAUGGCCGACUCAACCGUCGUCCCUGCUGCAAUCAUCCAUCGCGACCCUCAAUUCAAAUACUCUUUCCCCGCGACUGAACACAUCUACAACUCAAUCGAGUCUUCGGACCCUUUGUACCCGCUCCACCGACAAACCGCUCGGGUCCUCAUCGUCAUCGGUCCUAGCACCCUCAGGUCUCAGCACUUGGACCAAUAUCCUUCCGUUGAGUUGGUUGUUGGAACAUCCGCCGGUGUUGACCAUAUUGACUUGGCAGAGUGCCGGCGCCGUAAUAUUCGUGUAACCAGCGCCGGUUCAGCCUUUUCUGAAGACGGAGCCGAUUAUGCUAUUGGGCUUUUAAUGGACGUUCUCCGACGUCUUACUGCUGCCGACAGGUUUGUUCGGGCCGGCUUCUGGCCCAUCAAAGGCGUGUAUCCUCUUGGAAACAAGCUAGGGGGGAAACGAGUUGGGAUUGUUGGGCUUGGAAAUAUUGGCACCCUCGUUGCUAAACGGCUCGAGCCCUUUGGCUGCACCAUUGCCUACAACUCAAGAAACAAGAAGCCCCAAGUUCCAUAUGCAUUCUACCCCACCGUCCUUGAUCUUGCAGCGAACAGUGAUUCUCUAAUUGUUUGUUGUGCGUUGUCUGACAAAACUCGCCACAUCAUUAACCGUGAUGUCUUGACUACCCUCGGGAAGAAAGGCGUUAUCGUCAAUAUUGGGCGUGGGGCCCUUGUGGAUGAAAAGGAACUAGUGAAGUUCUUGGUUGAAGGUGAGCUUGGGGGAGCAGGUCUUGAUGUGUUUGAGAAUGAACCCGGUGUACCAAAAGAGUUAUUUACGCUUGACAAUGUUGUUUUGUCUCCACAUAGAGCUAUUUUAACACCGGAAGCGUUUGCUAAUGUUAGGGAGGUAGUGAUCGGGAACAUAACGGCUUUUUUCUUGAAUAAAUCAUUGUUGUCUGAAAUUAAUCUGUGUGAUUAAUGUUGACAUGAAUCGAUGUCACAUAUAAUAUUGUAUCAAUUUGGUCGUAGUAUUGCGGCGUAUGUUGAACUUUAAUCAAUAAGAUUGUUGUUUAUGAAAUUAAAUGUCUA